UCGUUGGCCUCAGACCCUAUAAGUCGCUCUCUUUGUUCUUCCCCAGGCCGGAGAGACUGCUCCGAGUCCCCAGAACUGACCCACGGCCUCCAGACCUCCAGCAGCAGCCGCCCGGGUCCCCCCACGUCCCAGGGGAGUUUGGUCGCGUCCGGUCAUGACCGAGGGAGCGCGUCCGCGUCGUCAUGGCGACGCUCGGGGAAAUGACCUUUGGCUCUAAAAAGAAGGCUCCAUUUUUCAUGAUAAAAUGGCAGCGGUGAAAACCCCCAGCAGAGAAGUAAAGAAUGCUGAAGAACCAUUUCAUGAUGUAUCGCCCCUCCUUUUAAGGAGCCUAGUGGAGGAACCCAAGAAACCAAAAGCAGUACCUAAUCACCUCCUGGAAUCAAAGGUUUAUGCAAAUCUUCUGAAUAAUAAGGUCAUACAGGCAAAACCUGGCAUAUUGCAUUUUGGAGGCUAUCAAGUAGAAAAACAACACCAGCAGAUACUGCAUGUGGUCAAUAUUUGCAAUGAAGAUUUACGCGUUCAUAUUUUACCCCCCCAAACCAAACACUUUCAGAUCAAGUAUGUGAAGAAGGAGCACCGCCUUGUCCCUGGCUUGUCCCUCACGGUCACCAUUACAUUUACUCCAGAUGAGUGGCGAUACUACUAUGAUUGCAUCCGCAUUCACUGUCAGGGAGGUGAGACUUUGCUUGUCCCCAUCCAUGCCUAUCCUGUCAUGAAUAGACUGGACUUUCCCUCAUUUAUAAAUCUAUCAAAUGUUCUACUUGGUGAAAGCAAAAGCUAUGUGAUUCCUUUGCAAUGCAGUUGCCCUGUAGAUUUUGAGUUUCAUGUUGCUUUGGUUCGGUCUCAUCAAGCCUUUACUGUUGAGCCAACAUCAGGAGUAAUACCAGCGAACGGGAAGAUGGAUGUGACAGUGACGUUUACCCCCUUUCAGUGUGGGAUCGCACAGAUAAAAGUGCAGCUGUGGAUUUCACAGUUCAACUCUCAGCCGUACGAGUGUGUCUUCACCGGCACGUGCUACCCCAACAUGGCUUUAAACUUAGAAGAAUUUGAAAGAUUAAAUACUCUUUCUAGGAAAGUAGUUGUUCCUCCAGAAAAGGCAAGGACACAUGUAUAUUUUCACCGACUGCCAGCAAAGGCAAAGCCUCCCAAGAUGAAGGAAAUCGAAUAUCAGAACUUGAGAUUUCCAGUAGAUUUAUCGAAUCCAUUUGCUGUGGCAACUGUUCUAAACCAAGAACCAGGAAAAUUGAAGAUUAGAGAAUUAAGAGAAGUUUUGGACCAAGGCACUGAGGUUUCAAAAACAAGACAGAUGAAGGAAGCACUCUUUGAACAGAAAGUCAGACAGGACACUUACGAAGAGCUCAAAAAUCACCUUAAGUGGUCUCUUGGGUGUAUGCGUAGGAGAGGAAUCGCUGGGUUGUACGGUAACUCUAUGUUUAACUUUUUGAGAACGGCCAAGCUGUGCUCUACGUGGCUGCAGCAUUUUACAUUCCCGUCCGCAACGCAGGUACACCUCGGUAAAGAUCACAUGUCCUUUAAAUUUAAAAAAGACCUUACUGAGGAGCGGCAGAGGGUAAACAACAAAUACAAGCUAGAUAGAGGAGAUCCUGUUUUGGAUGACGAAUUCCAGCGACUCAAGACAGAAGUUCACCCGAAACGGGUUGUACGCGACCUGGAAGAAAAAACCAGGGAAUUUCAUCCUAAUUUUGAUCCGCUCAUAAAUAACACUUGGGUCAACAGGUUCUGGGCGCAGAGACGGUUUCAGCAAGCAGCACGCAAGGUCAUGAUUCAUCGCCGCUUGCUGAGCACGCUGAGUGCGAUCCGUAACACGCACAGAGACGCCGUCGUGAAAAGGUCCACGCACGGAAGACAGUCCACGGCACAAGACAAGAAUUCCUCCAGACACCUUUGGGCGCGGGUCAGUCAGGACGAUUACUGCAGCUGCUUCUCUGUGUCACCCCAGCAAGUGCUGCCCUUCGCCUUCCCGGCCUACAGCGCCCCCCAGGGCUCCAACGAGCUGGCUCCUGAUGGCCUUGGACCUGUUCCAAUUAAACCUUCAGAAAUUCAAAUCAAGCAGACCUAUUCCUUCUUCAAUCUGCAGGUUCCUCAGCUGUACCAGAUCAAGAGGUACCAGCCGGUCUCUGUGCAGAUGUCCUCCACCAGCUACUGGCCUCAGAAGCUUGCCCGGGCCCUGAAGCCAGGAGCUGAGGACGAAGCCACCGCCGUCACAGCCCUGCCCAAGCAGGACUCGGCGCCCCAGCUCCCCGGCGAGACCUCCGUCCUGAGCAUAAGACUCCCUGAGGCCUUGGCCCGGGCUCCGGAGUACGACCCGCUUUAUAUCUUUGCACCCGAGCCCUAAGUGACUGAAGGCCAGACAGGAAAUCUGAGGAGGUCCUAUGUAAGAACGGAAUCGUCGGUGAAAUGCCACGGUAGUUGCCCUAGUUACGGUCUGUUUUGUAAGGACACGCGCACACACACGUACACACACACACACGCAGGAUGAGGAAGGUCCUCAGACACUACCUGAGAGAGUCUCCUCUGGGAGAAUCUGCACGUGGGCCUCUGCAUCUCUGGCAGGGCAGAGAUGCUGGUGGUCACGCCCAAGGGCAGAGCUGGGACAGACGCCUGCCUGUCUCCUGGCUGUCUGCCUUGGGGCUCCUCUUCUGAGCUCUGCUGCUCUCCUCCAGGGAGCUGUGAUGCUUGUGUUUUGGCCACUCCACGUGGAGCUGGCUCUGGUAGUCUCAUUGGGGGCGGGGGAGGGCUGUCCCUCAGAGACAUAGCGUCAGCCGGGAUGGCCUCACGGGACAUCUAACUCAGUGAUUUUCAGACUUCACUUAGCACCAGCACCCUACCACCAGCUGAAAUUUUACAUAGAAGGGCAAUAUGUAAAAGAGGGUCCCGGUUGCUGGGCUGACAGUGGGUAAAGGGGCUUUCCUGAGGAGGGUAUCCCUGCAAAACCCCAGGGUCCUCACAGUCUCCCCCAGACCCAUCCUCUACCACCCCUCACCACUCUGCAAGUGAGAAAGCUGGUCUAGAGACCGGUUUUGCAGAUGUAACAUACAUCAACAUUUACCAAAUUACAUACUUUUCACAUGGGCAGUUUACUGCAUAUCACUUAUACAUCAGUAUGGCUAUAAAAGAAAGAAUUCGGAAAGCCUAAGAAAAGAAACAAAAAUAAAAGGCAAGCAAUGCUGGUCGCAACGAGUAGAGCAUUGCAGUGGAGCCUUGGGGUGAUAUCUGUGCGCUGUCUGCAGGAGAUGGGGUAGAGGGCUCUGGGGAGGAGACCCUGGGGCAGGGUGGCCUCCACGCACCAACGGUGCAGCUGAGGCCAUGGAAACACUGGAGGGUUUUAUAGAGGCGCGUUACUAAAGCAAAACGCAAGGCCCUUAUAAACUCCAGGGUGGAGAGUCAACUAAAAAUCGAUGUAUGUUCCCAAUAGGAAGCCAAACUGAAAUCUGGCAUGAUUUUUAAGACUUGAUGGAAAAUUGAAAAAUAGAAUUCAUCUGGCCUUGACACUAGAACUUCCCUCUGUCACUGACCCAGAGGUCGUGAUAGUGAACCUUCACCAAAAAGCUAUAAUCCAGGCCUCUGCUUGGCCUGGCAGAGGGACAUACUUACACAGUUAAGACAAAAUAAAUGCUGUUUACUAGUUUCCAGCUUUCAGAGACAACUUAUGAACGAAGCAUACAGGUCUUGGUGUGGUUCCAGAAUGCAGAUGUUGACGAUCUCAAUAAUACAGAAGUAAAAUUGUGGAAGAGAGGAAGAAAGGAACAAGAAAGCAUGGGAGUGGGAAUGCCUUCAUUUCACCUGAGGGGGAGUUGAAAUACUCAACCAAAGAUGCUGAAACAGGAAAUAGGCGGAUCAGUGCAUCAUUUCAAGUCGCAGCAAAACUAACAAUAACCAUGUGAUUUUCAAAGUCCGGAAGGAGCCUUUGUGUACAUGAGCAAGAUCCUUACCUUACGUGGUAAUGAGUCAGCAGAUACUGUGAGGUCGAUAGUCAAGAGACGGAAGAAGCAGCAUGACGUUUAGAGUUAGUGACCAUCCCAGGCAUAAACCCAGACCUGAGCCUGGGGUAGGAGGGGCCCGCGCGAGCCCCUUGCUUUUCCCUGGGGUAGGAGGGGCCCGCGCGAGCCCCCUUGCUUUUCCCUGGGGUAGGAGGGGCCCGCGCGAGCCCCUUGCUCUUCACCACGAAUCCUUCCAGCCUGGGUGAGCUGCUCCCAUGUGCACGCAGUGGUCUGAGGGAAAUUAAAAUUAAAAUAGUCACGGGCUGACCACUCAGACCUCCUGCUCUGGUAGCGAUGGCCACUCUGGGGGAGGUGAGGUGUGACAACUAUUAGAGACGGUGGCAUGGCCAUUUCCAGAAAGAUUUCAUCCACUGCACUUGACCCAAGGCAGGUCCAGAGAGUUGCCCGCACGGCGGGUGCCCCCCCCCCCCGUGCUGUGCACCUUUGUCCCCGGCCCCGUGAGACUGCCAGCCCCUCCCCCAUCGGUGACUCCACCUCUUGGUCACACUGUGACCAGGCCCAGCUGGGGUCUCUGUCAUCCUGCCCCGAAUCCCUGAGGCAUCCCUUCCCAGGGGCUGUCCUGAUUGUCCUUUGUCACCACAGGGGUGACUCCUGGUGACGGAGGUCAGCAGCCUCCAGAUUCGGGUCCUCGCCCUAUUUCUGGGGAAGUAAUUGUGCCGAGAGCACCUGGGCGGCUCAGGCUGGGUGCUUGCCCUGUCUCCUGUCCUUUGCCCCUCCUUCUGGCACGUCCUCGCAUGCUGGGGGAUUCAAGGGGCCCUGCACGGCAGCAGGACGCGUCCCCCACUUGCCCACCCACACCCGCCUUCCUCUGCUUCCUCAGCCUCCCCGGCUUCGUCUCGCCAGGCCCCACCUUUCCCCUUGUUCCCUCCCAGCCCCCCAGCCCCGACCUGGGUCAGGGUGGGGACCCAAUGUUUGCCUUUACCUCUGUCCCUGUCCCCAUUCCAUGCGGCACGGGAGGAGAGCUGCUGUGCACACACAGAUACUCCACUCCUGACUCCCUCGGGGGUCAUCGCCUCCCUGCCGGCCUGCUGCCUUUACAUCCGUGAGUUCGCGCAAGAGCUUCU